AUGAAGCGCUCUCUGCUGCGGCUCUGCCAGUCGCGGGAGAAGUCGGCCGUCUCCAGCUCCUACCAGGGCGUCGUCUGCGAGGCAGAUGCCGCCUCCGUCGCCUCGCAGGAUGUCUUCAAGGUAAUUUCAGAUGGAAGUGCCUGUAGGCUACGGAGUUUCAUUAAGAAGAAUCGUUCUGGGCUUACCAAAGUGGAUGAAUUAAAUGCCACCCCGCUGCAUCAUGCUGCUGAAGGAGGUCAAAUAGAACUAAUGCAGCUGAUCAUAGAUGAUUCUUCCUGUGAAGUACUAAAUGUGAUGGAUUCUUCUGGAAAUACCCCACUGCACUGGGCCACAAAGAAAAACCAGGUUGAAAGUGUUAGGUUGCUUCUCAGCAGAGGAGCCAACCCAAAUAUUCUGAACUCCAAUAUGAUGGCUCCUUUGCAUAUGGCUGUGCAGUCCUUACAUAAUGAAAUUGUUAAGAUUUUAGUCCAGCAUAGCAGUACAGAUGUCAAUUUGGAAGGUGAAGCAGGAAACACACCUAUAAUUGUAGCAUGUUACAAGGAUAAUCCUGAAGCACUGACAAUCCUGAUUGAAAAUGGAGGAAAAAUAUGUAAACCAAACAAAACAGGAUGUAUGCCUAUCCAUGCAGCUGCAUUUUCAGGUGCAAAAACAUGUAUGGAAAUUCUUUUAAAAAAAGGUGAAGAAUUGGGUCACUCUGCUAAAACCCACAUCAAUUUUACCAAUAAUGGAAAGUGCAGUCCACUGCACUUGGCAGUUCAAAGUGGGGACCUCGAAAUGAUUAAAAUGUGCAUUGAAUUUGGAGCCCAAAUUGAUCUAAAACAGAAUGAAAAGUGCACAGCACUUCAUUUUGCUGCCACUCAAGGAGCUACUGAGAUUGUAAAAUUGAUGAUGUCGUCCUAUGCUGGUGAGGAAUCCAUUAUUGAUGCAGUAGAUGGGAAUAAGGAAACAUUGCUUCACAGGACAGCAUUGUUUGAUCAUUAUGAACUGGCAGAGUAUUUGAUUUCAAUGGGGGCUAAUAUUGAUAGUGUUGACAUAGAAGGUCGAUCCCCACUUCUGUUGGCCACUUCCUGUGCAUCAUGGAAAAUUGUGAAUUUACUGCUCUCAAAAGGAGCAAAUGUAUCAUUAAAAGAUCACCUGGGUCGGAAUUUCUUGCAUUUGACGGUAUUGCAGCCUGGAGGAUUACAGCAUCUGAAUGAGAAGUUUCUACAGAUGGAACACAUUAAAAAUCUUGUUGUGGAUGAAGACAAUGAAGGAUGCACCCCAUUGCACUAUGCAUGCAGACAAGGUGUGGCCCUCUCUGUAAAUAAUCUACUCAGCCUCAACGUUUCCAUCUACUCUAAGAGCAGGGACAAGAAGUCACCAUUACACUUUGCAGCCAGUUAUGGGCGCAUCAAUACAUGUCAACGUCUUAUAAGGGAUAUGAAAGACACGAGGCUCUUGAAUGAAGGUGACAAGAAGGGAAUGACUCCCCUUCAUUUGGCAGCCCAGAAUGGUCAUGAGAAGGUAGUUCAGUUUCUUCUGAAGAGAGGGGCUCUUUUUCUUUGUGAUUAUAAAGGCUGGACAGCCUUGCACCAUGCUGCCUUUGGAGGAUACACUCGCACAAUGCAGAUCAUUUUGGAUACAAAUGUGAAGUGUACAGACAGAGUGGAUGAAGAAGGGAACACAGCUUUGCACCUGGCUGCAAGAGAAGGACAUGCAAAAGCAGUAAGGCUGCUUCUUGACUAUGGUGCAAAAAUUCUGUUCAACAAAGCAGUAGCUUCUUUUUUCCAUGAAGCAAUACACAAUAGGAGGAAAGAUGUGGUGUCUGCUGUCAUUUUGCACAAAAGAUGGGAAGAAGCUGUUGUGGCAUUCUCUCACUCUUCUAGUGCCAAUAAAUGUCCUUUGCUGGAAAUGGUUGAGUAUCUUCCUGAUUCAUUUAAACUGGUGUUGGACAACUGCAUAAUCGAGUCUUCAGAAGAAAAGACAAGUAGAGACUUCUAUAUUGAAUACAACUUCAGGUAUCUUCAGUGUCCCCUGACACUUAACAAGAAACUAAAGGAAGAUGAAGAAAUUUUCUAUGAACCACUUACCACUUUAAAUGCCAUGGUACGCCACAAUCGCAUGGAGCUACUCAGUCAUCCUGUGUGUAAAGAGUAUUUGCUUAUGAAAUGGAUGGCCUAUGGGUUUCGAGCACAUCUGAUGAAUUUAGGCAUCUAUUCUCUGGGUCUCAUCCCACUGACUCUUCUGGUCACUCACAUACAGCCAGGAAGACCCUUGAAUGGAACUGAGACCUAUGAAGCAAGACCAUUAGAAUAUGAGAACUCAUACUUCACAAGGGUGUGCAUGUGUUUAGUUUUAAUUAUGAGUUUACUUGGAAUUUGCAAAGAAAUAUUUCAGCUCAUUCAGCAGAAAUUGAAAUACUUGUUGGAUUACUCCAAUCUACUGGACUGGACUAUUUAUACUACAAGCAUAAUUUUUGUGUCUUCUUUAUUUAUUAACACACCAGCUCAUUUGCAGUGGGAAUGUGGAGCUAUUGCUGUUUAUUUGUCUUGGAUGAACUUCUUGCUUUACCUUCAACGAUUUGAAAACUAUGGCAUCUAUGUUGUGAUGUUCUGGGAAAUUUUGAGGACUUUGAUUCGGAUUGCUGUUGUUUUCUUUUUCCUGAUACUGGCCUUUGGACUCAGUUUCUUUGUCCUUUUGGGUUCACAGCAAACAUACAGCACGCCCCUGCUUUCUGUAAUGAAGACAUUUGCAAUGAUGCUGGGAGAUAUUAAUUACCAUGAUGCAUUCCUUGAUCCACUAUUAAGCAGUGAAUUGCCAUAUCCAUUCCUGAGUUACACAGUUCUCAUUAUAUUUACCUUGCUUAUUCCAAUCCUUCUUAUGAAUUUGCUAAUUGGUUUGGCUGUUGGGGACAUAGCUGAAGUACAAAAAUAUGCUGCACUCAAAAGGAUUGCAAUGCAGGUAAAUCUUCACACCAACUUGGAGAAGAAGCUGCCAUUUUGGUUCUUAAGUCGAGUGGACCAGGAAUCAAUCACUGUCUAUCCCAACAGGCCAAGAUACUGUGGAUUUAUGAGUGUGUUCCAGUAUUGCUUUGGGUGUGAGGACUCUACCACAGAUGCUCAGAGCGCUGAUACAUCAUUAGAACUAGAAGUUCUGAAGCAGAAAUACAGGCUCAAAGAUAUAUCAACACUGUUGGAAAAGCAACACGAUCUCAUUAAACUGAUUAUCCAAAAAAUGGAGAUAGUGUCAGAGGCUGAGGAUGAAGACAGCAAUGAUUUAUUUCAGCACAAGUUUAGAAAAAGGCAGUUAGAGCACAAGAAUAGUAAAUGGGAUACAGUGUUAAAAGCUGUUAAAACAAACGUGCCUAACCCAAGCACAGAAAAGAACAAUGUCUUAUUCUAGACAAGGCUAUGAUAUCAUGUUGCAUCCUCAUUUUGUUUUACUUUAGGGUCACUUCUCUUACUGUCUGUGCAUAAUGUUAAUGUGACACAUCAUGUAUUCAAGUGUAAAAAAGGUCAGAUCUGAGAAAAGGAUGCAGGUGCUCUAAACAGUGUUUAAGGUAGCUGACGAUGUCUGCAUCCCACACCGUGAUC